CAGGACACACCCACCCACGACCCCCAUCCACCCACGUCAGUGAGCUGCUCGUUGCUGAAGAAGAGCAGCAGAGAGAAGGAGGCGUCUUUAAACAUUCUGGGGGCCGGCCUUCCAUGGGGCGCCACGGUGGCUAGGAGAUGGGUGGCCAGCACCACGCCCGGCCGCCUUUGUCUCCCCUAGUGACGUUGACUACACACCGCACCAGGCUGUCCUGGAAUGCGACCAAUACCCCCCCCCCCCAACACUCUGCAUGCAAGGAGCCAAAGUUACGACUGGACAGCGCCCUACUCUUUGGCCUUUCAGUUUUUAACCAAAUACCGAGCAAUGAUGUAAUAGAGAGCACGGACGCUGUGACCCCGCAAGGACGAUGGCGGAGGGGCCCUCUCGAAGCUUUUCGCAAGUCAAGGAGAUGGUUGCGGCUGCGCACAGAGCCUCGUCGGCCACUGAGAAGCUUCGCUUUUACGAGCAGUGGGCAAAGGAUUAUGAUGCGGACGUGCACGUGCUGGAGUACCGUGCGCCGUUCCUCGCGGCCGAGAUGCUGGCGUCUCUCGUGCCCGUGGGCGAGCGGGCGAGCGCCACGGUGCUGGACGUGGCGUGCGGCACUGGGCUCGUGGCUGAGCAGCUGCAGCGGCUGCGCUUUGGACGAAUCCGCGGAAUUGACGGAAGCUCGGAGAUGUUGGCCGUGGCCGCGACGAAAGGCGUUUACGAGAGCACGCGGCGCUGCGUGUUGGGGGACGGUCCCUUGCCUCUUGAGUCCGAUGCGUUUGACGCGGUGAUCAUUGUCGGAGCGCUCAGCGACGGGCAGGUCCCCCAUGCCAUCCUUCCCGAGUUGGUCCGAGUCGCCAAACCAGGGGCGCCGCUGUGCCUGACGACUCGCUCCAGCGCGGAGAACGCGGAGUUCCUGCUGCAGCUGGAGGGCCGCAUGCGGGAGCUGAGCAGCGCUGGCGCCUGGCGGCUCGUGCGGCGGCAGGAGGUGGCGCGCUGGGAGCGAGCCAUCGCCGACGACGCGGGGGAGGCCUUCGAGGGCACGGCCCCGCCGUCGUACAUACCGGGGGUCGUGUACCUCUACCGCAAACUCGACUGACAAACAUCGAUUUAUUUAUUUUUGUUUCCUAUUGGGUGAGGUCCCAACCGAGCUGUGUCGGCGACCCCGGGUUGCCCAACGAGGCGGCUUGUCACGCGGGAAAAAAAUGUAUCGCGGGCAAAUACGCCUAAACGUUAAACGCACGACGUCGGUUCUAAAUGUGGGAGGGGAAAAGCGGAGGAGCAGGAGAAAAUCGACGCCACCACGGGGAGAGAGAGAGACGCAGAUUCCAAAUAUACAGCGGCAGCAGCAGGCGUCAGGGUUGGGAU